AUGCCCUUGUUUCCAAGAGAUGUUGUCCUGCCUCUAGGCAGAGGGCCGCGUAGGGCUGCGGACGCUCAAGCAGAGGUGGAGAAGCUGCUGGAGAAAACCAGAUCUCAAGAGCAGCAGGUCGUUCAGCAAGAGAGCCUGAUCGUCUUGCGAGAGGAGCAGCUUCGGAAACGGGAAGCGGAACUCGGAGAAGAAAUGACGCAGCUGAAGGAAAAGUUCUCCAAAACAAAUGCGGAACUGCAGAAGGAUUUGCACGAACUGAGAGGGCAACUGGCAAAAGCCACUGAAGGAAAGACACCAGAGGACAAAGAACGGGAAGACCUUGAAAUACUUCAAGCAAAAGUCUCAAAAAUAGAGGAGGCUCUGCAGAAAUUUCCAGCGAUAGAACAGAGAUACGAAUAUCUUGGAAGAGUUGCUUGGAAUCUGAUGACUGAAGUGAACAGUGAAAAAGAACUAGUGACGAAAGCUCUUGAAGAUGUUUCCCACGAGAACGCGAGACAGAUCAGAAGGCUCCAAAUGGAACACGAGCUAGUAAGCAACGGUCUCCAGAGACUGCUGAACAAAACACAGUUCCUUUCGGUCCGACUGUGCCAGAGGGAGGCCGAAUACUACGGCAACAUCUGCAGCUACACCGCGGAGCUGCUUGGAGAGAGGAGGAUACAAAAGGAGCUUCUCACUCAGAUUCGAAGCCUGAAGGAGCCUUGCCGCAGCUCGCCUGCAGCUAUAUCUCAGCAGCUCUGCCUCCCUGAGCUGAGCCAGAACCUGGAUUCCCACGCAGAGCAAAUCUGGAAAGCUGUGUCACAAAUGGAGGAAGAAAUUCACAACAUAGAAGUGAUGUUGCAACAACUGGAGAACGAUGGCAGAAGAAAAAAGCGGAAGAGGCUGUUCGAAAACUCCUUUCGAAGUCGAUACAGAAGACUUUGAGACGGGCAGUAAAAGC